GAGAUCAUGAUGAUCGCUGGAGUGGUAAUUCAGACAGGGGACCCCGUGGAAGAGGGUACCAACGAGGCAACAGACGAGGUGGAGGUGGCAGAUUUCGCCAUGUCAAUCCAAAUGCCAUGCGAUAUCGUAAACCGUAUGGUGCAAACGAGGAUGAAGAUGGGGAUAUCUCUAUGGCUGGAGAUUCAGGCAGAAACUCAAGGGAUAAAUUGUACGGUGGUCGUUAUGGGCGUUACAGCAACAGAUCGUAUCGAGGCAAUGCUACUUCAUCUGGUGACAAAAGGGCAGAAACUUGGUUUAAAGUUAUGGUCCCAUUUGGCUCAGCAAUAACCAGAGAUGAACUGUAUUCACUAAUAAAAACACAAAUUGAAGGUCCAUUUGAGCCUUUCAGCUACUCCACAGAUGAGAGACGGGCAUAUUUUUAUGUCAAGGGAAUGGCAGCAGCUGAAAGUUUGCGCAGCAUUAGCAGGCGUAUCACAAAACCAGAUGGGCAUAAAAUUGUCUUCCAUGUGACGGAAUCCCAAGCCCCAGCCGAACACGCAAUAGAUGAAAGCACAAUGGAGAAACUGAAGGUUAGAAUGAGUGACCGUUACGACCCCUCCACACAGCUGCUGAAUCUAAGCGCCUUUUAUUUGGAUGAGGGCCUUCAGAAUUUGAAUAUAUUCCUGCCAUUAAAUCGUGCAACCACAAUGGCCGCAGUCACAAAAAUUGUUGGUGAAUAUAUACCGGAACUGUCAGGAUUGGAUAUCAGCAAGAACAGGAUCCUGUCUCUAGGCCACAUGGUAGAUUUAGUGAAGGCAGCACCAAAUGUGGUGUCCCUUAACCUGGGCCACAACCAGAUCCGUUCCCUGGAGGAGCUGGAUAAGCUGAAAGGGUGGACAAAUAUUACAGAGCUUGUCCUUGAUGGCAAUGACUUGUGUAAUAAUUACUCCAGUGAAACUAAUUACAUCAGCGCUGUCCGCAAGAAGUUUCCUAAAGUUGUCAAACUGGAUGGAAAAGACCUGCCACCUCCAAUAACCUUCGACCUGGAAACUAUCGUGACUCUUCCACCUUCAAAGGGUAAUUACUUUGUAAAUGAUGAAGUUCAGAACCUGGUGGUGCUGUUUAUCAAGGAGUAUUACACAAUCUUUGAUUCAGACAAACGGCGUGAUCUUAUGCCAGCAUAUCAUGAAAAUGCACAGUUUUCACUUUUUGUGGGGAGAAAUCUUUUGCUGGACAGGCAACCUGGAUUUAACAAUUUCUUUGAUGACAGCCGCAAUCUGAAAAAGAUUGGCCAUUUUGAUUCAGAAAAACUGAAUAAAAAAAUCAAAACUGGAGUUCUGUCAGUGGUAUCUUGCCUGGAAGCACUGCCAAAAACCACACAUGAUAUGAAUUCCUUUGUAGUGGAUGUCAGUUUGGCUACGCCAACAAUGAUAACUUUCAGCUGGCAAGGAGUAUUCAGAGAAAAUGACAGUCGCACAGACAGACCAACAAUUCGUACUUUUAGUCGGACAUUUAUAACAGUGCCUUCAGGACCAGGGAUGGUGAUUAUAAAUGAUCUGUGGACAAUUUCAAAUGCCACCAAUGAACAGAUUAAGAAUGCAUUCAAAAGUGCUGCUCCAACUCCAUCCUCCAGUCCGGUACCCAGCAUUCCGAGUGUGGCUGGACCCAGCACUUCCCAGAGUCCUAGUCCUGUGCCUGCCCUCACACCCGUACAGCUGCAAAUGGUUGACAGUUUUGUAGUACACUCUGGCAUGAAUCCCCAGUUUUCCCUCAGAUGUUUGCAAGAAAAUGGCUGGGAUUAUCUUAAGGCAGGACAAGUUUUCACAGACUUGAAUAGUCAAGGCAAAAUUCCACCAGAAGCCUUUGUGAAAGUGGAGCUGAAUGGUUGA